AUGGAGGAGCCGGCGUUUGAGCCGUCGGGCGUUCUCGGGUCGCGCUUUGUCGCUGACGCCGAGGCGCACGAGGACGUUGGGCCUUCGCUGCUGCUUGCACCCGGCCAGGAGGUGUCUGAGAAGGCGAAGGCCGGGGAGGCCUUGCGGCCGGGGCGGAUUUACAAUCUGCACACGCUCCGCGAGCGCAUGAUCGGUUUGAAUCUUCCGGAAGAAGCCAACGUGAAGAGUCGAGGGCGGCUUCCUCCGACGGUCGUUCCACUCACUCACGACGUCCUCGCAGGCCAGGAGAGGGCCCUCCGCGGGGAUGCCGAUCGGCUGGAGGCUGGGAGGAAGGACGAUUGGGCACUCCAUGGACGCGAUUCGAGCUCGCGGUCGUCGCACGCGACGGGGCUGUCGAACCUGUCGACUUGGGGGUCGGAAGGUCGCCGCAUGCAUGCAUCCGGCAGGGCCGGCGACCCCACGUGGUUCCUGCGGCGCCGCUGGUGUCCGCAGGACGAGAACAGCGAGUCGGAAACGGCCAUUUGCGCCCGAACUGCGUGGAUGCACCCGUCGGGAGACACGGCGCUCUUUCCUCCACACGGAAACGGUCCCGACUGGGAGGAGCUCGACGCUGCGGAGCGGAAGGUUCUCGGACCGAAAAAUCGGAACUACCAUCUCUACGCGCGCAAGGACCAUGGCCUUCUCGACCCGCGGACGCGCCUCGACACUCCAGAGGACGGGCAGAGUCUGAAAAGCGACAUGGGUUUGGAGUCGACGACGUCGACGUUGGUGUUGAACACGCGCACCCAUCGCCUGGAAAGGCGCUCGCGCAACACGGCCCCAACGGAGAAGACGCGAGGGCGGGUUCACUGGCACGACGGCGGAGACGAAGAAGAGGGCGGAGGCCUCGCGAAGGAAGCAGGCGACUUGGGAGACGUCCUGGCCGACGAGAAAGCUCUCAAACAAGUUGCGCUGCUCAUGGAAGCCUUCGAGCGGAGCCGGCCGAACGCUGCCGGCUGGGUCUUCCUCAAAGAUUUCCGGUGGACACUACACCGAGACCUGCGCGUUCAGGAGAUCUUUGGGUUGGAGAGGAAAUCUACCGACGUCUUGGAGAAGAAGGGGAGAAGGAAGGAAGAGAUCCCCGCAGCGGAAGCCGCCGCGCAGGGACCAUUAAGAGCCGUCAUGUCCUGGCUAGCCGACACUGUCUUCCGGAACAGAGACGAACCCGUGACGUUUACAAAGAAAUCGCAGGUCAAGCUGAAUGCAAUGCUCGACCAGCUCCGACGGAUCGAAUCCGAUUUGAUCUCCAAUGAUAGAAUGAUAGACGAGGCGAAGAUCCCCUUCGACACAUUUUCGAAGGCGUUCUGGCCAUUCGUCGGCAAGUCUCUCAGCCCCAGCAUGUGGCGUCACGGUGUCGGAGUCUACCGCACUGUUGCGACACAAAAGGAUACGCCGUACGCGUUAACAGCAACGCAGAUGAUGGUCCGCGAUUCUCUCCUUGGCGUGAACAUCGCUGCGGAUGAACUGCGGCUUCCCGACUUUGUGGAGCUGCCUCGGCUGGGGCUGAUGGAGAAACCGGAUGUUUCUCUCGCCCACGAAGUUGGCAGUAACCGGCUGCUGCAAGAGAAGACUGGGAGUCUCGAGAGGCUGCGCUUCUCGGAAGCUUCGUCGCCUUUCCAGCAGUCGUUCGCCGACGUGGUCCGCCUGGAGAAAGGCUUGGCAGAGUACCAGGUUCUGAAGCAGCAGCUGGAUCGCGUGUCGCGGGAGGCCUUCUUGUCUGCGCCGUCCGAGUCGCUGGCCCGAUUUCUCGCCGUGGUUCGAGACCGCGCGGGUCACGUCGACACCGCCGAGGAACUUGCCCGAGAAGCCGGGAUCUUCCGUGCUCCGCCUGUAUUCAUGUUGCCCAGCAAGGAACACGCGGAUCUGCGUGAGCACCAGAGACGCAUGCGUGAGAGGUUCGGCGAAGAAACGAGCGCUUCCGGGCUGCUCGGCGUCAGUGCGAUACCAACUGCCCUCGUAUCUGACGACGAAGACGAAGACGAAGACUCGCAAGGCCGUAAAAACGGGCUCGCUGUGGGCAGAGCGUCGCCCGUCAUUCCCAAGAACCUUCCGCCGCUAAAAGCCGCUCCAAAAGUCAGAAUUGUGGCCAAAAGUGUAAGCAAGAGACGGGCGCCAGCAGACGACAGCUCCGAGUCGGAGGCGCAAGUCGACUAUGAAGAGGAAGACUCCCAGUCGGGAGGAGGCGAAGCGUCCGACGAAGAAGAAGUGCAAAGUGUCAGAGACGAAAGCGACGGUGUUUCUUCGCUUUCGGAGGACGAGUAA